AUCAUAUCUUCUGCUUGCUUCAUCCCACAGUUCAAAGUACUUUUUUUUUAAUUAUCCCUUCCACCAAGCCUCAAAUUUCAAUCCCAGGCUUCAAGGAUCAACAAUUUUGGCAAUGCUAGACGACGCCGUUUGAUGAGCUUGCUUUCACUUUGGCCCUACAAAUGGACUCUUUAUCUUGCGCCGCCGCAACCACCGCCGUCGGUGCUUCCUUCUCUGUCUACAAGUUUUCGUUGUUUCCUUCUGUAACAUUGUCAAGAGUACGAGUGAAAAGAAGCUCGAAAAGGGUUUCUUUUAGGGUUUUUGCGCAGAAAGAAGAGCCAAAGCUUGACAAAUGGGACCAAAUGGAGCUCAAGUUUGGUCGCUUGCUUGGGGAAGACCCCAAACUCACCCUUGCCAAAAUAAUGGGUAGAAAAGCAAAUCCUGAAGCAUCUUAUAUUGAAAUUGAGAAAUCAUUUUAUAAAAACAAGGGUCAAAUAGUGGACGUAGAAGAGGUCCCUUUUGAUGUUGAAAAGAAAUCAACUUCCACAUCUUCUGAUGGUUUAAAUUUAGUUCGUCCUGUUCCAAAGAAGGGAAUCAAGUUUGAAACUGAUGUUAAGCCUCCUGCAUCUGAAAUAAAGAGGCCAACUGUAUCGGGUGAGAAGGCUAUGGAUAGUGCGAGAAAGAGUAAGCUUCCAAAUGUUAUAUUGAGAAAACCAACUGUAGUUAAUGAAGAUGAUGUAGAAGAUAGGCCAUCCAGGUUUAGGAUGAAAUCAAAUUUGUCAUUAAGAAUGAGGAAUGAAAAGGCAAAGGAACAAUUUACUGAUAUGACUUUGUUGAGAAAGCCGGAACCGAUGAGCGUUGAUACAAGCAUUGAUGAGAAACAAGAUUCUGAUGAUAUUGUUGGGGUGGAGAAAGAGAAAGAAGUGGAGGACGGAAUUGGUGAUUUUACAUUAUUGAAAAAGCCUGAACAGUUAAGUGUCACUACAAAGAUAGGUGAAGAAGUAGAGCAAUUUGAGGAUUUAGAAGUUGAGGCGGAAAGGUUUGAGGCAGAGAUAGAAGCUCACAUGCUGGCUAGUGCAACAAAGAGUAGUGUUGAAGAAGCAUCAGAAGCGGGGCAUGGUUUGAUCCCCAAGAAACCAGAGAUAGAGGAUCACUCCUUAAUUGGAAUGCAGUCAGCUGAGCGAAGUAAUAGGGUGUCUACUGAGGAAUCUGGCAUCAGUCUCUCUAUGGAAGCUGCACUACAGGGGAAGCCAAGAAGAUUAGAUCAAACCGUGAAAGAAACAUCAGAAUCCGGUAAAGCAGAAACUGCUCCUGUUCCCACCAAUCUUGAAGAUUAUGGUGAUCUCCCUUCUGUAUCACCCCAGGAGGAUAGUGAUUGGAACAGGUUAGAAGAUUUGCUUAAGACCGGACGAAAGGCAGAAGUGGAGUUAAUAAGCUCUAGUACGAGAGGUUUUGCUGUAUCUUUUGGUUCUUUAAUUGGAUUUUUGCCUUACCGAAACCUGGCUGCUAAAUGGAAGUUCUUAGCUUUCGAAUCAUGGUUGAGACAGAGGGGUUUAGACCCAUCUGCUUAUAAGCAGAACUUAGGAGUCAUUGGAAGUUCUGAUGCAAUGAGCAAAAACUCUUCUCUAGAUUCAACCUCAGAUUCAGAAAACAACCAACAGUUUGAGGGGAAAUUUUCACCGGAUAUGAAAUUGGAAGAUCUUUUGAGGAUUUAUGAUCAAGAGAAGCUUAAAUUCUUGACCUCAUUUGUUGGUCAGAGAGUCAAAGUAAAUGUGCUAAUGGCUGACAGAAAGUUCAGAAAACUUAUAGUUUCUCUGAGGCCAAAAGAAAAGGAAGAGUUAAUAGAGAAAAAGAGAAAUGUUAUGGCCAAGCUUCGUGUUGGGGAUGUUAUAAAAUGCUGCAUCAAGAAAAUAACUUAUUUUGGUAUAUUUGUGGAGGUUGAAGGCGUGCCUGCUUUGAUUCACCAGACGGAAGUAUCAUGGGAUGCCACCUUGGAUCCUUUGUCACAUUUCAAAAUUGGUCAGAUUGUCGAGGCCAAAGUCCACCAAUUGGAUUUCACACUUGACCGUAUAUUUUUAUCAUUGAAGGAGAUAACGCCAGAUCCACUGGUUGAGGCCUUGGAGUCUGUGGUUGGUGAUCAUGAUAACUUAGAUGGAAGAUUACAAGCAGCACAAGCAGACACUGAGUGGCCUGAUGUGGAAUCACUUAUCAAAGAAUUGGAACAGAUUGAAGGAAUUCAGUCAGUUUCAAAGGGCCGAUUUUUCUUGAGCCCUGGUUUGGCGCCAACAUUCCAGGUUUAUAUGGCAUCCAUGUUUGAGAAUCAAUACAAGUUACUUGCUCGAUCCGGAAACAAAGUACAAGAGGUGAUUGUUGAAACGACAUUGGAUAAGGAAGAGAUUAAAUCCACAAUACAAUCAUGCACAAAUAGAGUGGUGUAGGGUUCUUUUUCAUCUUAUCAGGAUAUUCUUGACCGAAUUUGGAACUCCUUUGAUCCCGAAAGUCGCUUUCAAAGGGUGAUAAAGAGAGCGAAGUGAAAGUCUGAAACCAUGGGGAGACUUAGUGUUGGGGGGAUUGGAUUCUCUUCUCUUGUGCACCCCACUUACAAUGGCAACUAUUAUAAUCAUGUUGCAUCACAAAAUAUAUAAGCAGUGUAUCUUCCUUUCAAAAGAAUUUUAUAUGUUUCAUAAACAUUGGAUUAAUGAUCGAAUUUAUCACUGUAAACUGCCACUUCUAAUGUUUAUAUAGUUUUUCUUAAA